AUGGAGGUGCCCAACGCCAAGUUCCAGCGAGCUGCCUGCCUCUUGCUCCUGCUCCUGCUCUGCUCCCUGGCCACUGCCCGGCAGAGUCUGCCCGAGUGCUGCCGGCAGAAGACCUGCUCCUGCCGCAUCUAUGACCUCCUGCACGGCAUGGGCAACCACGCUGCCGGCAUCCUCACGCUGGGCAAGAGGAAGAGCAUCCCGCCGGCCUUCCAGAGCCGGCUCUACCGCCUGCUGCACAGCUCCGGCAACCAUGCCGCGGGCAUCCUCACCAUGGGCAAGCGCGGGGAGCACCCUGACACUGCCUGCCCCGACGCAUCGGGCUGCCCUGUGGGCGCGGACACCCAGCCGACGCCGGUGCUGCGGGGCGCUGACGCCAGCCCUGCCAGCCCCAAGGAGUGCCAGGGACACUCGGGGAAGGACCUGACCAAGAGCCAGGCCCAGGGAGCUGCAAAGAGCUUUUACUGA